AUGAGUUCCAUGUUCAAGAAAAAGGGCGGUAUGGCUUUCAAGCCGAAAAUGCCCCAGGCUCGUCCUCGAGCGCCUGGGGCUGCCGCGCCGCAGCCCCCGAGGGCGCCGUCGUCGACUGCGACCGAACCCGCGGCCGAGGCAGGGACUGCCGCCGUCCCGAGCGAUACGCCAGUGCAGACGAUGGCCGGAACCAGCGUGGGAGCGAAGGAGCCCGCCGGAGGACAGCCCACCAAUACCCCGCCAUCGACCGAGCCGAACACGAUGCCCCAACCACAACCGUCGGCGGAUGAGCCUGCCGCUCCUGUUUCGACAUCGAACAAGGCCAACCAGAGGAAAGCCGCCGAGCCUUCCGCCAGCCGGCCAACAACGCAGACGCCGACCGCCUCUCUGCAGAGCGACCAGCAGCCAGCAUCGACUGCCGGCGAAGCCCAUAUGUCCGAGACGUCAACGCCCGCCGCCCAGCUGAACACACCACCCGCCACCGCCCCUCCCGUAACCGAGGUGGCUCUUACGACAGAAACCCAGGGCGACGCUGAAGCUGUGCCAUCAGAUGAUGCGCUGGGCGCAACUACAAAAGGUCCCGCCAAGCGGCCCCGAAAACGAGCCACAGAAGCGACCGAGACUGCCGCAGGAGCCGAAGACGGCACCGCAGCCCCGAAACCCAAGCGACCGCGGAAACAGAAGGAAGCCACCACGGAUGGCGAGGCGGCUCCGACACGGCCGCCUCGGCCGAGGAAGAGGAGGACGACGGAGGACGGCACGACGACGGAGACGGACACGACAUCAAAGACGUCGUCAAGACCCCGCCGAGCCCGCUCGGUAACGCCGGAGGAUGCCGAGAACCAGGAGGCUGACCUCAGCACCCUCACUAUGGGGGACUUGACGAGGGACCUCCGUAUCGGCAAGAAGUUCAGCCGGCACGAGGAGCUCCUGCAGCGCCAUCGCGAGAAGCAGGCGAGGGCCCGAGAGAGGCUCAAGGCCAAGAGGAACGGCUCGGAAGAUGUUGCUUCGGAGAGCGGGACACCGGCGCCCACUUCGAGCGGGCAGGCGACGCCCGCGGCCGCCCUCCCACCGAAGCCGACCAGCAUGGUCUCGACGGGGCCCCAGUUCCAGAUCAUCGACGGCCAGAUCGUGGUGGACCAAAACUCACUGAGCCUCGACCGUCACGCCAUCGCCGCCGCGGCCGCCGAGGGCGAGGACAUGCUCGAGAUCGAAGAGAACGACUUCACGACGCUCACGACGCAGAACAGCUACAGGACGGGCUCGAAGCUCAAGGGGCCCAACGUGUGGACCGAGGAGGAGACGGAGCUCUUCUACCGCGGACUCCGCAUGUUCGGCACCGACUUUCAGAUGAUCAGCGGCAUGUUCCCCGGCAAGAACCGGCGGCACGUCAAGAUGAAGUUCAACCGCGAGGAGCGCCACGCGCCCGCGCGCAUCGACGCCAUCCUCGUCGGCAAGAAGGAGCUCCAGAUCGACCUCGAGGAGUACAAGACGUGGACCAAGGCCGAGUACGAACCCGUCGAGGCCAUCAUGGCGGCGCAGCGCGCGCAGCAGGCCGAGUUCGACGCCGAGCAGGCAAAGAUCAAGGCGGCCAAGGACGCCAUCAACGCCAGGAACUUUGCCUCUCUGCAGGACAAGGGCGAGGGCGGGCCUGCAGAGGAGGAGUCCUCCGCGGCAGCGGGCGGUGUUGGUGGUGGUGCGGCCGGCGGCGGCAAGUCCAGGCCGAAGCAGCAGGCCAACGUGGGCCCUCAAAUAACGGUUGACGCCGACGGCAUGAUCACCAUCGACGAGACCGACAUGGACCUGGACGCCGGGCGGGGCAAGAAGAGGGGCGCGGCCAAGGCCAAGAAGAAGGCCGUCGAGUACAACAUGCGCGGCGAGAUCAUCCACCGAUGA